AUGCAAGCAAGCAUUUUCGAUAAAUCAAAGGAAGCAAAAAGUGAGCUAACCACACAAAAAAUAGUUAUUUCUCUCCAUCAAAGUGGAAUGGCAACUGAAAAGGGGAAAAAGAAAGAGGCUGCUACAGCUUCGGCGACAAAACCCGCGUCUAGCGCUCCCAAGACAAAGAGGCAGCGAGGAGUAGUGCGACGUGCUUUGAAGCGUGCUGAACCGAAAAUCAACGAGAAUCCCAAGUCGGCUAUGUUCAUUCGCUCAACCACGGCCAACCAACGAACACUCAAUGUAAUGAAAGAUUUGGCUCGUUUGAAGAAACCCUUUUUUAAGUCACUUUCAAGGAAGAACGAUAUUCGUCCGUUUGAUGCAGUGGAUUCGCUCGAAUUUUUAUCAAAGAAGAACGACUGCAGUUUGUUUAUGGUUGCCAGCCACUCGAAGAAACGUCCGAACAACCUCGUCAUGGGACGCUUUUUUAACUAUCAAAUUCUCGAUAUGAUCGAGCUGGGAGUGCUGGACUACAAAUCAAUCGACUCGUUCAAAUCAAUGAAGAGUCAGGUCGGUCAGAAGCCCAUGUUCCUGUUCCAGAGCGAUUUGUGGCAAUAUUCGGAGCGACAUAUGUUGCUGAAGAAUCUGAUUCUUGACUUCUUCCGGGGCGUGGAAGUGGACACCGUCAACCUCACAGGACUCAGCUACGUUAUUUCCGUGACGGCGAUCGGCGAUGAGACGCAAGAGAAGCCUGUGGUGCUGUUCCGCGUGUAUUCGACCGAGUUGAAGCGAGUGGGCGGCGUGAUUCCGCGCGUGGAUCUCGAGCUGAUGGGUCCGUCGAUCGACUUUGAGAUCCGACGCGUGCACGAGAACACGACGGAGCUGAAGAAGCUCUCGCUGAUCCAGCCGAAGGUGACCAAGCCUCCCAAGGUGAAGAACGUGACGCAGAAUGUGUUCGGCGAGAAGAUUGGACGGCUGCAUAUGACCAAGCAGGAGGUGGACAAGAUGCAGGUCCGCAAGAUAAAGGCGCUGAAGAUUCUGAGGAAGGAGAAGGAGAAGAAGGAAACCGUGGCUCGAAAGCAGAGAGAGCCCGAAGAAUGAGAGUCGUAGUUCCUAGGUCGUUUACU